AUGAAACGCUCAAAGUUGCUAUCGCACGGACAACACGCCAUUCUCCUUAGUAGUGCGCUAUUAGCAGGAGCUGCCUUUCGUAUUUUCUCAAGGGGACCAUUCACGCCAUUAUCAUGUUCACUUUUUAACACGGGAUGCUUGCCCGAACCACCGAUACAAGUGUUACAUGUCGACAACGAUUAUGCUCAUGUGCUUGAUUUAUUCAAGGAUAACAUUGAACGUGGCGAUGAUAUUGGUGCAGGUGUAGCAGCCUAUGUCAAUGGGCAGUUGGUAGUAGAUGUGCGAGGUGGAUGGCAGGAUGUCGCCAAGGGAACGCCCUACACUGAUAACACGCUGAACAUGGUGUAUUCAUCAACCAAGAUGCUGUCCGCCAUCACCGUGGCUCACAUUGUCGACAAGGGCGCUUUAUCAUAUGACGAAAAGAUUGCAACGUAUUGGCCAGAAUUCGCACAAGGCAACAAGGAGAAUGUAACAGUUGGUGAUUUGAUGCAACACGUUGCAGGAGUACCGUUUCUCGAUCGCCCCAUUACGUCUGCUGAAAUGGAAGACUCUGAGCGUUUCUCGAAUAUCCUUGCGUCUCAACGGCACAUCUUUGAUGGUGAAAGGAAACGAAGUUAUCAUGCUAUUGUUGGAGGAUGGUACAUCAAUGAGGUUCUCAAGCGUGCUGCCAAUGAAACAGUGGACUCAGUGGCUGCCAAGUUCAACGACGCUUAUGAUAUCGAAUGGCGCCUUAAGCCUUAUCAGCAAGAAUACGAUGAUCGCAUUGCCCACUUUUAUACGCUACCUUGGUAUCAUCAACUCUACCAUCACUUAGUUGGAGGGAUGGAAACGGUCAAAACAUUUUGGGAGGCAUACACGGAUGAAUAUCAGAUCCUUGUCAAUACGGGUGCACAAAUUGGUCCCGACAGUGCUGGUCCUGAUCGCAUUACCAGUUUACGCUAUCGUCGAUUGGAAGGUCCCGCCUAUUCAGGUUUCACCAAUGCUCGCUCGGUUGCUAAACUUGCAGCCAUGAUGGCCAAUGGAGGAAAAGCGAUCGUACCAGGAGAACCGGAUUUGCUUAGUGCUCAGACGUAUGCAUUGGCCAGCGAACCGAUGGAAGCGGAAUACGAUAUGUGUAUUCGCAUGCCUAUUCGUUCUACGCGUGGUGGAUUUGCGGUUUUCGAUCACAUGAAGAUUGGUGGGCUUGAGUUUACAGGGUGGACAGGAUAUAGUGGAAGCCUCUUUUUAUGGAACGAAGAGUACAAGGUUGGAUUUGGCUAUGUCCCAAAUGCGGUGCAUCUAGACAUGCCUCCUGAUCGAAGAAGUCUUCGCCUGUUGGAAGCCAUUGCCAGCCAAGCCAAAGCGAGUAGGAUAUCCACGUGA